UAAUAAUGAAAAAGUAAUGCGUCUGAUUUGUGCUAUAUUUUUUGCAAGAAAAUAAACAAUUUCUAAAAGCUUUUUUCGCUUGUGCAUCCUUUCAGAACUUACUAAAUAUGCGUGUUUUCGUUCCAUUUACAAAUAAACAAAAAUUAUCAACCGGAACGGUGUGAAAAUUUCAAUUUUUUAUAUUAGGACGCCAUUUUUGCAAUAUAACUGUCACAGCCGAUAGAGAAAGGUCUGUGUCAAUAGGAACUGAAAACAUAAAUAUUGCUGAAAGUGUAAAAAAUUACAGUGUUUAUUGAUAAAACUAUACAUAUUUAUACCCCACAAAUGAUAUUACACGUAUUUAAACACUAUACAAGGGCCACAAUGGCACAACAAAUCAAAUUAAACAAUAUGGACAUGUGAAGACCUACUUAUUGAGAGGCAAAAUAUUGACUUGAGAGGCUUUUCAGCAAUGUAAAUGGAUAAAGACAAGCUGAAAACUAUGAUGAGCAAGGCUCAAAAGGGGCCCAUAAGUGAGCUAAACAGUUGUAUCACUUGUAAAUUGUGCAAAGGAUAUUAUAUUGAUGCCACUACAAUCAUUGAAUGUUUACAUACAUUCUGUCGUAGUUGUAUUGUCAGAUACUUGGAAUCAAACAAAUACUGUCCAAUUUGUGAUGUGCAAGUCCACAAAACUAAGCCUCUGCUCAAUAUCAGAAGAGACAAAACUAUACAAGAUCUCGUCUACAAAUUGGUUCCAAGAUUAUAUCACAAUGAAUGUAAACGUAGAAAAAUAUUCUACGAGGCUACUCCUUUGGCAAAACCUUCAACAUUUGAGGAAAGUACAACAACACAGUAUGAGUACAUUUUGGCACCAGAAGAAACUAUCAAUUUAACAUUAAGUUAUAAUGGGUGUUCCGGUUCCAGUAAACCAAGGUAUUUACGCUGUCCAAGUGCGGUUACCAUUUUGCACCUUGUCAAGCUGAUUCAGGCAAAAUAUGAACUUACAGAACGCCACAAGGUCGACAUUUUCUAUAACCAAGACAUUCUUGGUUCCAAUUUCUCCCUUAUGGAUGUGGCUUAUACUUAUUCUUGGAAAAAGAAAGAACCACUGAAUCUAACAUACAAAAUCUACGAGUGUCGAGCAAAAAAGCCCAAACUUGACAAUGUAAAUAUGACGAAUAACAAUAAUAAUAACUGGAAAGAAGUACAAUUACGAAUAAGUGAAAACGGUGAGAUGUCUAUAACAGGAAUCCAGGAUGCUAAUAUGUUAGAAUUACUGGACGCCACUGAGAAUUUUGAAAGCGCAGUUGUGAUAAAUGAAAGCAAAUGUUCUGUGGAAACUUUAAAGGCUGAGGAAGCCUCUGUAGUAGAAAAACCACUGGAAAAUCAUAGAAAAGAACUUCCAGAAUUGAAAUCGAUUGGGAAAACUAUUGCAAAUACAACUACAGUGACUAGUACUUCUACAAGAGCCACCCCUAAUACAAAACUUCUAAAUUCCGGAAUUAAAAUGGUGAUAAAUAAUGCUAAAUCUGGUGCAGGCAUGGCAACAAUAAAGUCAAAUAAUAAACAAUUAGAAAUCAACAAACCUAGUACAACUACUAUAUGUAGUAGUAGUUCAAAUGCCCCAUUAACCUCGGAAAACUUAACACCUACUUUUAGUAAGCCUACACCAGUAAAAUCUACCCCAAACUCAAUUACGGCUUUGUCGAAAAGUAUAGAAUUAAGCAAAACUUUAAAUCUCAAUAGUGAACUAUCUGUGAUUCCUUUGAACGCAAAUGUGGCAUUAUCCUCGUGUAGCACGACCACCGUUUUUAGUACUGUCAAUAGAAGUAUGUGCAGUACAAAAUCAGACGAGAAUAGUUAUAGUAACUUUACCAAGCCAACUUCAGAGAUAGACAAAGGUAGUAUAUCAAAAGAAGGCAAUAAUCUUAAAAGAAAACACGAAGAUAGUGAAAAUAAUUCUCUACUUGAAAUUCCUGCUAAACUUCCAAAACCAACUAUACUUAAUCAUUCAAUAGGUCUUAUGAAUCUUUCUAAUAAUCAUCCAUUGAAAAAGCACACAAAAAUAAAUCGAAAUGGUGAAAGGAAGAAUAUUGAUUUAAAUAAUGAUAAAACCUCCACAAAUUUCACUCUUAGCCAUGUGUUGGUGCCUCAGAAAUCUAUGGAUACAACUCCCUCCAAGCCUAUAAUAAUAAACAAAAAUUUGAGUUAUUUUGCAACUCCUAAGUCAGAACAGGGACCAAAAAUCUUGAACUCUUUGGCACGAAAUGGUGAGGUUCCAAUAUCCAAGCCUUCUAAUUCGUACCAAAAUAGUCCAAUAAUAAUCCCUUCCCAGUUGCCUCAUCAUCAAAACUUGAAUUCCUUGCAAACAAAACAGACAUCCAACAAAGACCCUGUAAAAAAUAAUCACGAUUACAAAGCAAAUACUCAAAAAUCCACCAACGAAAGUAAUAAUAAAGACGAAUCUCAAAUGGGUCAAAGUUUACCUUUGCCGGCACCAGUUCCGAAUUGUUCAACUGCUACAAUUAAAGCUAAACCCAGUACACCGAUUGGUUAUAAAACUUUACGGGAUCCACCGAAAAGCUGGAACUCUCAAAUCAAUUCUCAAAUAGCCCGCGUGAAUCAGACAGUGAAGGCGCAGCAAAUGGCCAACGCAGCGGCAGCUGCAGCAGCUGCUGCUGCAGCUUCACAAGCAGGACUUUCACCGGGCCAGUUUGCGGGUGACUUGAAAAGUGUGAGACCUGCUAAGUUUUUUAAGGGAAGGAAUGUACCAAGGUAUUUAGGUAAUCCAGCGUCAGGAGUAAAACCUAUGUACCAAGUUCAGAUAAGUCCAGAUAAAGACAAAAAUCCAGAACGACAUACUCAAACUACAAUAAAGUCUGAUAAAAGUGAGAUCAAGAAACAUUCUAUUGUCAAAAUCGACCCGAAAACAUUAAAGCCUAUUAGUGAGAAGGCACCCGAAAUCUCAAAUCUGAGCAAUAUGAGCAGUAGUUUAGUGUUGAAUGUCUCAACAGCAAACAAUCCUGAAUUGAGGAUAAAUUCUACUAUGGCAGGUGAUCUUAAAAUUAAUACUAGUUCAGUAUCGAUUUUUAAUCCUCUCAAGUUGCAACAGAGCUCUCCAAAAAAUGAAAGAAAAUCACCGAAAAGUCCACAAUCACCUAAAGUUAAUAAAUCAAAUUCCAGCACCAAUUCAGCAAUGACAACUACUACAGCUUCCAAUGCAAUGGCUUUAUCACCGAAACAACAACGCGAUAAGACAAGUUUGACAUUUACUCCAUCGAAUCCAUUUGUACCCAAUUUGACCAGUCCAACAUUGAAUCCCAAUCAAUUUUUGUUUCCUGCUGGCGGCUUUCCCAGUUAUGAUCCUAGAGUUGUGGCGGCUUAUCACAGUUUGUGGUAUUCCCAAAGGAUGGCAGCAGCUGCAGCAGCUGGAUUGGUUCCGUCUCCAUUGCCUCACGCCUUUGGCUUGAAUAUGGGCUUGAAUUCUCCACUUAGCCCAGGGGUUUCUUCCAAACAUUCAACUCAAACCAAACCAACCAAUCAACCUUCCUCAAGGGCAAGCCAUAACAAUUCACCUGUAAUGCAAAAAUCAUCACCCAGUCCCAGUAGUAGUUCGCCAGUAAUGCGAAAAUCGUCGCCUAGUCCCAAUAGUAAUUCACCGAUAAUGGGAAAAUCGUCGCCCAAUACUGGAAAUAAGAAACUAAAAGAUACUUCUGCAGGUAAAACUGAUAAGAGUCUUGAAACAGCUUUGGAAAAAAUUACUCAAAAUAAGGCUAAAGAAUUGAAUGCGAACAAUAAAGAAGUGACGAAUGGAUCUCCCGUGCAUGGAGCUGCUGUGCAACAAGGGGCUAGUAAUAAAGGUGUAAUAGGUGAGAAAGUAAAUCAAAAUUGUCAGAGGCAUAGCAGAAAGGAAAAAAAUGUUAAAAAAGCUAGUGAAAAUCAGACAAUCAAAGUUUUGGGGAACGAGAUCUUGAAAAAUGCUUCUGCAGUUAAAGAAAAAAACAUGCCUCCAAAAAUAAGUGAAACAAAACCAACUUCUGUUGCACCUGAGAUGCUGACGGAUGCAAAAAAUCAGGUCAAUAGUGAAGAAAAAGAGCCAGCAUUCUCAGUUGAUAAAGAGGCAUCACACGAAAAUACUAAACAACCACCUGUGAAGGAAAUUCAAAAAGAAAAGCCUUCAGAAGAAAAUAUUUCAAAAGAAAUUCAAAUUCGACUUGAAAAUACCUCUGAAAAUAGCAGCUGUAGUAAUAGUGGAACUAACAAUAAAGCAGCUGAUGAAGUUUGUUCAAAAACUAGUGAUAAUUUGGGUACAAAUGGUGAUAAGGAUACUGUAAACGAACAAUUAGGCUCCUCAAAUGAACAGAGCUCAUUGCCUGGCAUAGACAAUGGAAAAGCUCUAUCAGUGUCAACAGCUGAAGAAAAAAAUGAAGCUGAUAAAUCGGCCAAUGAUGUUUCGCAGAAAAAGUCUGAGGCUGAAGGUAGUUUGGGUGGUGGUGAUGGAACUAGUAGCGUUUAAGGUUUUGCUAGUCUCGCUUUUUUUUCUGGUAAUUGAAAGCUCUGGUUUUUCAUGGUAUGAUGAUUAUGCAAGUGCUUUGAAUGGUUCUGGAACUGAUUCUGAUUGAAACCAAAACAAAUAUAUUCAUUAAUUUUUUGAAAUUACUUCAAAGUCAAAUCAGAGCUCUUAUUUUUAAAUAUAAAAGUUAUUGUAAUACUUAAUGCAAAACUACCUUAAUAAUUUAUUUUGGGUAUUUACCAUUUUCUAAUGGUUUUGCAUAGUGUAAAAAAUCAGUUAUUGUAGAUUUUAUUUUGUUUUGUUUGUUUUUUUUUAUUGAAUUUUUUUAUUUGUAUAUAUGUAAUUUUUGUUGGUAAAUACGCAAAACGAAUCGCUAGAAUCUACAUUCUUCUUGAAUAAUCUUAAAUGAAAAAGUGCCUAGUAGUAUUGUGAAAAAACAAGCCCAUAACUUAAGAAUAUUUUUCGUAAAAUUAGGAAUUACCCGCAAAAAAAAAUCCCCUUUCUAGUCAAGAGUAUUUUUGAACGAAAAAUUUUUGUAAAACUAAAUUAAUAAACGCUUGUGAUAUGUACAGGAUAAUUUUUUUGGAUUUCUUUUGGGCAAAUAACAUACAUAUCACUUUAUAUAAAUGAAUAUGUUUUUGUGGGUAGUUUUUUGUAGAAUACAGCACGUUGAAGAUUUAAACUCUUCUGUGUGACCACUGAGAGCUGCUAUUAUAAAAUAAUGGUGCCUUUUUUGAAAAAAAAAAAACUUUGCUUUAUAAGUUCAAGUAGCUACAUUUGACUCUGAUUAUACGAGUCUUGUUCAUUUCUUUAUUUUAUUUUACAGGGUAUGACAAUUAACAAGAUAUAUUUUGUAUUAAGUUUAUGACAACCAAAGAGUUGGUGAAGUAUUGAUUUUCUUUAUUUGCCGGAAAAUAUAUUUUCAUGUGCUCUGAUCAUUCAUACCAUUUUAUCUUGUUGUGGAAUGAUUUCCUUGAUCCCGAAUGACAUAAUCAGACUACUUGAAAAUGUUUAAUUUAAUUUCUUGGUUUAAUUUACUGUAUUUCAGCAAGGCUUCUAUUUUGUCCUAGAUCUUUCAUACUGAUUGAUAGUGACAUAAAGUGCCUGUGUACCCGAUGUCAGUCAAUGGAGGAUUCACAACUAUGCAAAAAGAAAAUAAGUUAAAAGUUUAAUAUAAAAAUUAUAAAUAAAAUGGAACAGACCUUCUUCCAUUCAACCCAACCUGUGGAAAGUUAAAUAUUACUUUAAUACUAAAAUUCCACUCCUCUUAUAUGAGUCUGUCAUUAUCAGUUGGUAUAAAAAAAAUGAAAAAUGUCUUGCUGAAAAUGCUGAAAUACUAUAAAUGAAACAGUUCUUGGCAUGACAAUUAUAAUAGAUUCAAAAACUUGUAUCUUCCAAAUUUUUGGUGUUGUGUAUAAAAGUUGAAACGUUUGACAAACUGUGAAAGGCUGUGAGGGAAAUUCACUCUAUUUUCAAAAAAAAAAGUCUUUUUACAUAGAAAGUUGUAUUGUCGAAAAAUUAACUGAUGAAAUAUUGUGAUUAUUAUAGUGUAUACCGUUUUUAAUUUUGGUAUAAGAGGAAAUGGACAAUAUUUGUUUACAUUCUUUUGUCUUGGGGCUGGUUUCUUAUUUGACAGAUAAAAUUCAGUAAGUUUUAUGAAUUAAUUUCAUAAAAAUUCUCAAUUCAAUUCAUUAUUUAUAGAAAAAUACAAAAUAUGAAGUUUGAAUUAAUUUAAUUCAGUGGCUUUGUACUUACUUCUUACCCUGGAUUAUUAGUUUUUGCAAAAUUUGAGAAACUUUAGCACACAAAGCUUCCAUUUGCCAAUAGCUCAAUUGCUUAUUGCUUGAAAAAUCAUUUAUUACGUAAUUGUUUUUCUAGUUUUGGAUUUGGACAGUUGAUAACAUAAUUCGCAAAUUUCUUUUAUUUUAGUUCUUAGAAACUGAACUUUACCUGUCAGUCAAGAAAUUCAGCCCUUUAUCCCAAACAUAAUGAAAUUUUUAUCAAAAUUCCGAAUUUUUCAAAUUAAUGACAAUAAUAAUAAUUAUACGGUGACCUCUUAUUUCGGUUUGGGAUUUAUAUAUUCCAAAAGAAAUUAAUGAAUCAACACGAAAAUCAAAAUUUGAAUAUCAUUCCAUUUGGGAUAAAUUGAUCGAAUGAAAUAAAUAGGAGCAAAACAACAAAAUACGGUUUUGUUUAUAAUAAUAAUUAAUAUACAAUCUAAUUAUUGAAAAUAAACAUUGUAGAUUUUAAAAAAACGUUUUGUUUUUUAACAACUGUAAAUUUAGAGAUUUUAUUAUGUACAAUUGUAUAUAUUGAGCACAGAGAUGGUUUUAAUAAAAAUAUUUAUAGUUUAA